AUGUCUAAUUCAACACUUUUCAGUCAGUCCGUUUUACGCCGUGCAACUUGUUUCAGAAGCACUUGCUUAAGACCCACCAAAGCAUGUUUUAGUAGCAGAGCCAACAAUUGGUUCACUCGCUUCCUUACACCCAAAGAAGAAAAAGAUCUCUAUCUAGGCAUCACAAGUUCAUUUCGUGAAAAACUCAACGAACAAGGCACCAAGAGCACACAAACCUACAGCCACAUCAUUGAGCAUGCUAUCUUUUCUCGACCUGCGACUGCCUCACCGUCACGACUAGAAGAAUUCAAACAAGCAAUUGAUUCAGCAGGCAAGAAUAUAGAACGGUUACAGCAAAUUGAAAAUGAAAUGUAUACAGAACAGGUCAAGACAACGUCCAUGUACAAUCGACUGAUACGAGCUUAUAUCGCCAGCGAUGCUUUACCACUUGCUGAAAAAGUCAUUCAUAAAUUUGAUUCCCGUGGCAUCUUUGCCACUACACGCACAUUUACUUAUAUGAUUCAGGCCUAUAUGAAACAAGGCAACCUGAACAAGGCCAAAGAUUUCGUCGAACAAAUGAAAAGCUUGAGUCUGCUCAAAUUACGGUAUGGGUUUGACUGUAGCGUGUUACUCAACUUUUAUAUCGCCUCUGGGGACUCGCAUGCACUGGAAUUUUUAUGGCGUGACAUCAUACUCCACGCAGAUACUAUCAAGCCAGGCGUGGGGCUCUACACACAGUACCUAGAGUAUUUGAUUUCGGAUAAAUGUCACCAUGCGUCACUUCAAGAGUUUGUGAAAGAGUACUUGAGUAGGAACGACCAGGCGUCAUUGAAUGCUCAACAAUAUACCGUCUGGAUAGGAGCUGUACAGAAAAUGUUGUCCUCUUUGCACGAUUUGACAGUGGCAGAACACCUAUUGCUGCAUCUGAUCAAACAUGCACCAGCAAAGGCAAAUAUGGAUUCCACAAGAGAUAUCAUGCAAAAGAUGCUUGUACACUACAUUGAUGGCGGUCAAGACCUAAAAGCAUUAGCACUCUACUACCGUGCGCAAAAGAUAGGCGCACCAGAUGAGAUUUUUGAGCCACGUACGUUGCAACGUAUAGAACAAGCACUCAACAAAGUUGAGCAUAAUGCAAGUCAUCAAGAUCAUCAUGUGCUGCUGGCUGAACUCGCACAGCAAAAUCACUUUUAA